GAGUAAAGCCACCAAAGAAUUGAGGCUGUAGGGAAUUUGAUAGUCUAUAGUUGGUGUGGUCGGCGUUGGACCUCAUUACUUAAUUAUGGCUGACUUGAGCCUCAACUCCUCACCUUCUUUGCCCUGCACUUAUUCUCUCUUCCUCUGUCGUCACCAGCACCGGUGUAAGUGACAACACUGGCAAGUCUGCAACAAUCAUCAUGACUACGGAUACCAUUUGGCAACCCGGCCUCACUGCCGCCGCUCUUGGGCGUCGCGAUCGCGUACAUCUUCCUCCGAGCUAUCGUCCACCUCACCCAGGGGGCGCAGGAACCGCCCGCCGUCCCCUUCUCCAUCCGGACCAUCCCUUAUCCCUUACCUCUGCGUCUCCCCGGAAGCCGUAUCUACGUCGUCAACUCGACCGCCCUCAUCCCCGUGGUCCAACGUCAGUUCCGCACCGUCGCUUUCACGCCCCUCGAGGCGAGGGCCGCCGAACAUGUCAUGGGCGUCAGCAAGGCCCGGCCUGGAAGUAGGUAAUCACUCAACUCUUUUUCCCUCGAGGGCGGACAAAACGUUUGGAAAACUUCCCGCUGUCAGUACAUACAGGGUGAUU